AUGAUUGUGGAAUACAUCGUUGCGAACCCACCCUUAUCAAAUAAGUAUAUUGCGUUAAAGGAGGCUCUGGUCAACCAUUUUGAAAUUCCGCAGGAGCGCCGGUUCAAAAAGCUGCUGUCUGGAAUUGAGUUGCGGGAACGACGCCCUACUGAACUUUUGGCAGAAAUUAAUCGGCUAGGAGGAAACAAUCUGGACCCAUCAUUCGUCCGCUCGAUGUGGCUGGAUCGACUUCCUCUACAGAUUCAAUUAGCACUCACCGCCACUGGUGAACAGGACAAUGCUAAACUCGCACAGACAGCAAACAGGCUUAUGGCAAUUCAGCGUGACUCCGAAAACCACUGCGUAAUGCCAAUCGCCCGAGAGACUGUCGCCAGCGGUGGUAUACAGAAGCAACUGGACAAGCUAGCUAAGCAGGUCGAGAAACUAUCACAGAGGCUUAACAGAUCGACAGUGGGCGAAGACAGCCAGAAACGCUUCAACAACUCGACAAACGUAUCUCGCAGCACCACCGACAAUACCUCAACAUCCACGUGGAAACGCCAAUCGCCCCCAGUAGACACGGCGGAUACUGGUGGCAAGUCAAUUCCUCGUCGAUUAUUUGUAUACGACCGUACAACAGGUACGAAAUUCCUCGUCGAUACCGGCGCGGAUAUUUCGGUUACUCCACCUUCGCGCCAAGACCAAACAACACCAACACAGUUUCACCUUCAAGCUGCAAACGGCAGCAAAAUAGAAACGUAUGGUGAGAAGGUCAUCGUGCUCAACAUCGGCUUACAGCGACCGAUCCGUUGGAUUUUCCGCAUCGCUAAGGUGCCUUAUCCGAUCAUCGGUGCAGAUCUCAUACACGCUCUUGGGCUAAUAGCGGACCUCAAGCGCGGUCACUUAAUAGACCCCAACUCAGACUCGCACAGCAUAGGAUCGUACGCUACGGCAGUGUGUUUUGGAAAGCAGCUGAAGUAG